CAACCACCGAUGUGUGCGUGAUUCUUUGUUGCUUUGGCCCCGGUUUUAGUUAAAACACUUUGCGUGAAACGCCUUCCUGGGAGUUCGUUCCGCUGUCGCCGACCACUGUUUGGACCGAAGCAUGUCCAAUUCACAUCUAUUCCUAAAAUCCGGAUUCCCGCGGGCACCGCUACAGAAUGGGAUCGGCCGCUACGUGUGCCAGCUGCAGCGAAUCACGCUAAAGUACUGCAAAACCUCCGGUUCCAGCAAGGGAAUGCGGGAGUUCCUCGAACACGAGCUCGUCGAUUUCAGCCGGGCCAAUCCGGGAGUUGUGGUGUACGUUAAACCGCGGCGCCAUCGCACGGCCGUAAUGUCGGCGGAAUUCUUGAACGGCGAGCGUAAGUGGAUCAACUGCCGUAACAACAGCCGCGAGGAGAUCUCGAAGUGGGUGCAGGUUCUGAAGCAAUCUAACGGCCAGGCCGAAGAGCUCCGCUUACGUAAACACUGGCACACGGACAGCCCGAGCAUUCAGGGCGCCUGGACACCGUUCACCCAUCGACAUCCAUCGGCCAACGUAACGGCGUUUCCGUCUAAAGAACUAUCACAAACGCGAUUGGCCGAACCUAGUGCCACGGAGAAGCUCCUGGAACUGUAUCAGGCACACCGGGCACAAUCGGUACCCAAGAAGGAUCCCGCAUCCGAGGGAACACCGUAGCUACGGAUCACGACAUUGCGAGUGGAGUGUGUAGAAAUAUAGAAUAAAAGCCGUAAUUAUGCUUCCAA